AUGAAGCUCUUCAGAGUAGGUGUAUUGAGGAAGCGUUACUACGGAGUAUUGCAAAAACGGUUUGCCAGUGUGAAAACACACAAUGUUGAUUGGAAUCCAAUGAAGUCUCAAAAACAAUUAUCACAAGGAAUUGAGUUCUCAGGUUCAUUUGGUCGGAAAGUAUUUUUCGGCUUAUUAUGCUUGGCUCCAAUCAUCACAUUUGCUUUAGGUACUUGGCAAACAAAGAGAUUGAAAUGGAAGAACAAGUUAAUUGCAGAAUGUGAGGACCGUUUAACGUAUAAGCCUGCACCGUUGCCAAAAUACAUUACCAAAGAAGAUAUGCCUAACUUAGAAUAUCGGAAAGUAUUGGUUACAGGACAUUUUGAUUAUUCUAGAGAAGUCUUUGUAGGACCUAGGCUACACAAUGGCAUUAAAGGCUACAAUUUGAUUUGUCCGUUUGUCCAAAGUAAUGGUGGGGGCGAAGUCUUGAUAGACAGGGGUUGGAUCAGGGAUGACAAGGUCCUUUUAAACAGGAGAAACUUGCAGCAUUUAUCUUGUCCAAAAGGUGAAAUUACUGUUGAGUGCGUUAUCAGGGUCCCACCGCAAAAGGGUACAUUCAGUAUGGACCAUGAGAAGGGUUCUAGAUUAUAUCAGUAUUUAGAUGCAGAUGCAAUUGCCGAAGAAUUAGGUUCAAGACCCAUCUAUUUGCAAGCCCUUCAAAACUUCCAUGAUAAACCAGAAUGGCUAAAGAAUGAAAUCGAAUUCCAAAGAGGACAGUUAAGUCAAGAAGCUGUUGAACAUCAAAAGAAGUCUAAGUGGGCCUUCUGGAAAACAAGCAGCAAAGACGAAAAAAACUUACAAACAAGCUCAGCGCCCGUUCCUGAAGUAGAUUUUGAUACUGCUGAAGAAUUUGACCCCUUACAGUUUAUCAAUGCAGGUGUUCCUUUAGGUAAGAUUCCAAGAGUUGAUUACAAAAAUAACCAUCUAAACUACCUUGUCACUUGGUAUUCUCUUUCAUUUGCAUCUACGGUUUUGUUGCUAUAUCUCUUCAAGACGGGUAAAUUUUUGAACCCUACAGAAGAAAAACUGAAGUAUGCUAGAAAGAUUAUAAAAUAA